AUGGCGACUGGAGGUGAAGAGCUGUGGCGCGAGUGCGCGUCCUGGCUUACAAGAUGUGGCUUGCUGCGUCCGGACCAUAAGGCGAAUUGGGAAACGAGUACUAUUCAUGAUCUUGCAUACACUCUGCGCGAUGGAGUACUGUUGUGCAAUCUACUGAACGCCCUACACCCUGGCUGCAUCGACAUGAAGGACGUCAACCAGCGACCUCAGAUGGCGCAGUUCUUAUGCAUGAGGAACAUAAAAGUUUUCCUGAGAACCUGCCAUGAAGUUUUCGAGCUCCGAGAGACAGAUCUGUUUGACCCAUCAAUGCUGUUUGAUCUGUCCAACUUUCACCGUGUAUUAUGCACACUGGCCAAACUUAGUCAAUGCCCCAAAGCUCUCAUUAAGAAUAUAAAACCCUUUUCAGCACACAGGACCCAGUCAGAAGAAGAUAUUUACAAAGAUUUGCAAUCUGUCGGCGGCGGCGCGGGCGAGGUCGGUGAGUACGCGAGCUACUGCGCGCGCAUCCACGACGAGGAGAUCUACCACGACCUGUGCGCCGUCAAGAGCGCGCGUCUGCACCCGCCCGCCGCGACACACCCACCCGCUUUCAAUACACUAGCGACAUCGUCGCACAGUCUAGAAAAGAGGGACUACGUUAUAAGGGAACUAGUAGACACUGAAUGCAAUUACGUGGACGUACUGAGCAAAAUAAUCAAGUAUUUUCUUAGACCACUCACGCCGUAUUUGAAACCUCAGGACUUACAAGUUAUAUUUUUCGGGAUAAAGGAAUUGCACGAGAUACACUCGGGCUUGCUGCGCCAGUUGAAGUUGGCGACGGAGGCGUGCGUGCCGGGCAGCGGCGCGCCGCGGCUGGCGGACGUGUUCCUGGCGUGGCGCGAGCGGCUGCUGCUGUACGGCGACUACUGCAGCAACCUCACGCAUGCGCAGGACACGCUCAAGACGCUCGACGCACGAGACUCCACAUUCAGCAAGCAGCUCGCGAAAUGUCAGAAAGAACACAGUGAUGGCCGAAUACAGUUGCGGGAUAUUCUGUCGGUGCCUAUGCAGAGGGUUCUCAAAUACCACCUAUUGUUAGAUAAACUCGUUCACGAAACUCAACCCAAUCACGAGGAGUUCCGAGGGUUGGAGCGCGCGAAGGAGGCCAUGGUAGACGUAGCACAAUACAUCAAUGAAGUCAAGAGGGACAGUGAAGUACUAACGUUACUCGCCAAAGUACAGGAGAGCAUAAUAGACUGGGAGGGAGGGGCGCAGGGCGCGGGCGGCGCGGGUCUCGCUGCCUACGGACGGCUGCUAUUGGACGGCGAGUUGAAGGUAAAGGCGCACGAAGAUCAGAAGCUGCGCACGAGAUACGUGUUCGUGUUCGACAAACUCAUGCUGCUUUGCAAGCCCGUUAAGGACAACCAGUACUCGUACCGCGUGGGCGUGCGGCUGGCCGAGUACCGCGUGGAGGAGGGUUGCGGGCGGCGGACGCUGCGCGGCGACGCGCGCUGGGCCUCGCACUUCUACCUGGUGCGGCGCACCAAGGACGCCACCUACACGCUGUACGCGCGCACCGACGACUGCAAGCGCAAGUGGGUCAAGGCCAUCCGCGACGCCAUAGAUAAUUUAGAACCUGCCGGAUGUCGUAGUACAAACCAUAAGUUCGUAUUACACACAUUCGAGAAGCCUGCGACGUGUCAUCAUUGUUCAAAAUUUCUGAAAGGAAGGAUUUUUCAGGGUUACCUGUGCACGGUGUGUAACGCGUGCGCGCACAAGGAGUGUAUCGCGCUGUCGGGCCGCUGCGGGGGAGGCGCCGCCCCCGCCCCGCCGCUGCCCCCGCAUCAGCACGCUCCCGACCACGCCUUGCAUUACUACAUGUGGUACGUGGGCGAGAUGGGUCGCGACAUGGCGACGGCGCGCCUGGAGCGGCGCGUGGACGGCACGUUCCUGCUGCGCGUGCGCCCGCACCCCACGCACCACGCGGACACGGACACGCACUACGCGCUCUCGCUCAAGACGGAUAAUACUGUGAAACAUAUGCGCGUCUGUCGCAAGCCCAUUGAUCAGGUGCCUCAUUAUUUCCUGUCGGAGUCGCGUUUCUUCCGCAGCAUAGUCGAGCUCGUCUCUUAUUAUGAGAAGACAAGUCUCUCGGAAAACUUCGUAGGGCUUAAUUCGAAUCUCCGAUGGCCGUUUCGGCGGGUGGUGGCGACGGUGAUACAUGAUUUCAGACCGCUGGACUCCUCACAGCUGGCAUUAAGACCUGGAGCCAAAGUACUCGUACUCAGCAAGGAAGGGGACAGUCGGGGCUGGUGGAAGGGCCGCACGCUAGAUAAGGGCGACAAUCGUUCGGGCUAUUUCCCUAAGGAGUGCGUGCGGGAAGAGCCGGAGUGUAUCGGCGCGCUGGACUGAUGCCAGCUGUGCCUCGCCGAGCGAGAGCUGCACUUCGCGCCGCCGCCGCCCAUAGACACGGACGCCGAUCCAGAUCUGGUCUGAGAACAGGACGCUGGACGCUGUACGCUGUCAACGGUACAAGAAACGUUUGUGAACAAUUCGCAGUUGGUGUGUGUGCUAACGUGUAUCGAACAAAAGUGAAAGUGAUCGAGUACAGUGAACGAAUCGAAAUAGAACGAACCGUCUGCGCUCCGGAGCGAAUCUCACCGUUAAAGUUACGUAAGUUAGGUAGACCCGUAUUGGAAUUGUAGAUUAAAUCGAUGUGCAUAUUAAAAAGAGGACGCGACACGGAUGCAGGUAUGUAUAUGUAGGUUUAUACGGACCAACGUGAGGGGCUUUCCGUCUCCGAACGGCUAAGUUUUACGUCGUUCUGGAUGCUUCUCUUCGUCCAUAGCUCUCUUCUUUUCCGAGAAAUCUGUCGGCACUUUAGGAUUUUUGAUGGUGCGUAAAAUGCUUUAAUAUUGUUGUAAGUGAGAAAAUAUGGAGGUGAUCGCGAUCCGUACUCAGAAUCGAGCGGGCGCGUUGAGAGGAUAAUGGAUUGUGAAAUAGUAUAUGAAUUAAUGUAAUAAUAGAAAAUUGUCUGUGGAACUCGUCAUGACAAAACUUUAUGCUCAAAAGUUGAUUCUUAACAAAUCACUGUCACAACUCGAUGACCAUUAUACAUUGAUUGUAACACAUUCUAUUUGUAGUUUUUAAAUUCACAUUUUACAUUUGGUCUUGAAUACCUCGAAUUUAGAUUUUUUCACUAUGUUAGUCUUUAGUAAUUUUGCAAUGCGUUUUUGCAUGAAUUUAAAAUAACAAUAGUGAGAUAAAGUGCCAAAUGUUUCGUUCUUUGUCAUGUGACUUAUUUUUUUAAUAAAAAAUAUAUUAUCCACAAAAAAAUGUAGAUGAAUUUCACAUCUUUUAAUAUAAUACCAGUGGGCUGGUAGGUGACUUUAAAUCAUAUGCAAUGUAAUGAUUUAUUAUCAAAAUACAUAUUAAUUAUUAAGAUGGCAUCAAUUCCAAUUGUAAGAGUUGAAUAGUUUGUAUAGUACAAAUAAUGUUAAUUAUGACAAUGCAAUUUCAUUUUAAAAUAUAGGUAUUAGUGAAAUACUUAUUCUGGAAUAGUAGCUGCUCCUGUUAUAUAUUUUAAUAAAAUAAUAUCUUAUAAUUUUCUUUGGUCUAAGCACACUGAUUUUAUUUAUUGUAGUGAAAAACAAAUAUUUAUAUUCAAUAGUUAUUUCUUUUAUUCCAUUUACUUAUACACAUAAGAGUAUGUAAGAUUUUAAUUGUUUUUAUAUAAUUUUCUAUUUGAUUUUAAACUUGUCAUAAAACAACCUGUUUGAGGUAAAUCAUGCAUCCCAUGACAUGAAAUUGGAUUUUUCCUUUUCCUACAAAAAAAUAUAAAACAGAUGACUGCUAAUUAAUGUAAUAGCUUGCUGCAUUUUAAUAGUAAUAAGAGCUCACUUUCAAUACUUCUUGCUACAUUCCACUGUAAACCAUGAUCGCUUUGGCUCUGCCUGUCUCACUUGUUCAUGUUAGUUACUUAUGCUUUAUCACCAGUAAUG